CGUCGCUCAAUGCUACAUUUCCCGACAUGCAUAUCUGUACAUGGGAGGGGCGAUUUUGUUUGUGCGCGGGCAGAUUUUUAAAAAGAAAAUGGCGGAUAUUAAUUCUGGAGAGCAAUCGGAAAGCUGCGACCACUCUGCUGAACACCAGAAGAUGGUCCACCAAGAUGAAAUCCCUCAGCAGGGACUUAAAAGAGUUUGCCCUGGGAGUCCAAGCCCAGCAGCUCCUCACCCCAAAUCUCCCCGCAGACACACUCCUUCCUCCACCACCACACAUAUGUCAGAAACAACAGAGGUACAGAUGGAGCCGUGUUCUGGAGGAGAGGGGCAGGGAAGGGACCCUGAGGGGGGUGUUCUAACAGAGGGUCGGUCGUUGAGCCCCCGCAGCACGCAAAGGAAAUCCUGGAGGAGGUCGACCAGGGGCCGACGCUCUCUCCCUGCCCUCUCCAGCACCUCCCAGACUCUAUGCAGGUCAAUCAGCCAAUCCCUACCCGAGGAGGAGAGGCUGGAGAAACUGAUGGAGGCUUCUAUGAGGCUGGCAGUUGAGAAGUUACAAGACUCACUGAGCACGACACCCAACGGCAGUUUAGAGUCACUUCAGACACAAGUGGAGGAUGUACAGAAGGGGUGGUGUUGCCUGGCCAAAGACCUACGCAGUGAGCCACAGUGUCAACAACCUCCCACAAGCACAGCCAAUGACACUGCAAUGCAGAACACCUUGGAGCAGACCAGGAAGGCUAUACACAGGCUGCAGGCUGAGAGUGCAUCUUGGGACUCCCUGUUAGACAAGCAUCGGAGUAAAGCUGAAGAAUUGGCCAGGCGAGUGGAGCAGUGCCAGGAGACGGGGGUGACAUUAGACCCUAGCUGCCUGGCCCAGUCCUCACAGAGCCAGCUCAUCCAGCACAAACCUGAUUACCACAGCCUGCUCUGCAGACAGCAGCCCGUACUGUCCACUAUGGACAUGGUGAUGGACACCCAGUGUAAGAUGGUCAGGGAGCUGCUGUCCGUACUCGAACAGUCUCAGCUACUGGUGAAGGAGACAAGCUGCAGAUUGGCGACUGAUGUGGGAUUCCAGGAACUCUCCUCUGACCCAGUCAGGGAUCUACUGGCAGGACCCCCACCCUCUGUAUCAACCAACACAUCAUCCUAGUGCCUCUGUCUUAGGGUUGUCACAAUACAGAAUCACGGUACAACCAUACUAGAUUUUUCAUGGCAAAAAAAAGAACUAAGCAGACUGAAUUCUGGCUUUGUACAAGCAAGACAAAGCACACCUUUAAUAGAUAUGACUGUAUUGUGACCUUUCGUCUCGUCCAGGUUCACUCAAUGAAUGACCAAUAGAAAGAUCAGUCUGACCUUUUCUGUGUUUUCUGUAUUUAUGGGUCUUCACUCUGUACCCAUGGCUCUCUAAGUUAGCUGUUCUCUUUGGUGCCUUGUUUGGUUGUUUGUAAAUAAGGCUCUGGUAUCUAUCUUCAUGGGAUGAAUGUUGAUUAUUUCUGCUAUAACCUAUCUAUUCUAAUUCUAUUCCACCACUAUACUAUGGCACCCUAUUCCUUAUAUAGUGCACUAAUUUGUACCAGAGUGCUAUGGGCCCUUGGUCAAAAGUAUUACUUUUAUAUAGGUUACAGGGUACCAUUUGGGACGGACACCCCACUCUCCCUACAAAACGUAUGCUCUUGGCCACCAGAGGGCGAUCUCACCUUUUAUUUAAGCAGUUUAUGAAUAUUCACCUAUAGUAAAAGAUGUAGAAAAUAUUCACCUGUCUUUUGGGGCUAAUUUGCACGAUACCAGCUUUCCUUUAAUUUCCUGUAUAUUCUUGUAAAAAAAAUGUGAAUGAUUUUUACAUUAUUAACAGCAAUUAUCUGAAUAUGUCUUUUACUUUCUGACCAUUGAAGUGUGAAAUGUUAUUCCAACCCAACUCCUUUGAAACAUUAUUGGUUUCAGUGUGUAACAAGGGGACAAAUUCUCUCUACACACAACUUGUUAGUUCUCACAACACACCCUUGUAUCUUAUGUAUUAUAAUGUCCCUUUCUUAUCCUGUAAUCUUUUUUGUUUUGGCCAGAGAUUCGGUCCUUUUUUCUCUCCUCUGGCACUGCUGUCUUCCUCUGUCCCUUCUCCUGUCCAUCAGGGAGGAAGCCCCUCCCCCACCUCACCGUGAUUCCCUCCCUCUCCUUUCACCAAGUUACUGAUGCAGAACGAAGGCCUGACAUUAUGCCAAGUAUUUCAUAACCCCCCUCCCUUUUUUUCUCCUUUUUCAAUAUCAUUCACUCACUAUCACCUCUUACAUCUUCUCACCGUAAUUCAUGCUAUAUGGUUGUGCCUCUUACCAGGAGAAACAUGAACAAUUGAAUGUGGCCCUGACGUCGAUGAGGAAUAAAUCCUCAGAUAACUUUAACAGUCAAUAGUUACAUUUGCAUGAACAGUGUGAUGUCUUUUUUUAAGAAACUGUGUGAAAGGAAUUAGACGGGCUCAAAUUCUGCCCAAAUAGGAAAGGUGUCCUGCACCUACUGACUCAAAUCACCAUGAUAUUUGGUCUUAUUUAUUGCUGUAUUACAAACAUGUAUUUUCUGUGGGCUGUUCUUGCAUUGGGGGGUGCAUGGUGAGAGAGAGAGAGCGAGAGAGGACAGAGGGAGAAAAGUGGGGUCGUGAGCGCGGGAGAGUCAUGGAGGGAGGGUGGUGCACGGCAAGGGAUCGAUUCUUAUUUGGAUGGAAAUAAGGCUGGGUGCUUGUGGAAUGAGAGAGAGGGCAUCUCCUGCUUACAAAUUGAAAGAAGUCAAGUCACGCAUUCAGGUACUGAAGAAACACAUUCACAGAACAAACAGGAUCUAAAAAGAGAAAUAUAGUAGAGAACUAGAUACAAAAUAUGGAUUAGCACAUUAGUUAUUGAUCAUGUAUACUUUCUUUAGAUUUGACAUCACUGCUUUACAUUAGUCUUACAAUAAUAGAGUUUGCAAAUGGACCAAAAAUGUAUUCAAAUAAAUUGGGUUGAACGUAAAUGCUUUUUUGUUACCCGUAAUAUGCCUGGUCCUACUUUUGAUGUGCAAAUGCCUGUCGGUGCUAUAAAAAUGUUUCUCUCUCUGUUAGGCCAGGUCUUUAUGAAAUCUACCCCCUCUCCCUUCUCUAACUUCAGAUUGAUUAGGCAUAGACUGUGGAAGAGGGAUGCACCGAGCGUCAGCAGAAUCCACGGCCAGUUUUGUCCCGUGCACUCCCCUUCGUGGUGUACACACCUAUUAUUCCAGCACAGCAGUCAGCCUUCUCUCCAUGUCUAUUCAGUCUCCCAACUCAUCUAGCGGAGCUGCUCUCUCAUCUGAGUGAUAAACUGCAGCAAAAUCGUCCACGUUUGCAGAAAAAAAAUGGACGUUUGUAUUCAAUCUGUUCUGUAUAUAUUUCUCACACAAAAAGACAUAAGAGGAUGUUUCAUGGGAUGUUUCUGAACACGUCCAGUUUGUUAGUGGCCUGUUUGUUGGUGUGAUUUGUUCCAAUUUGACCAAUUUUUAGUAGACUAAUUAUAAGAUACUUAAAUAUUGGUCCCAGUUACUGUAUGAGUCAGUCAUUGAUUUGAUCAAUGGAUGGAGCGUGGUGGUAAUUCAAUCGACUGACAGUUCAGGGUUGAGGGGAUCUUGACAGUAAAGAAAACAUACACCACGAAUUACAAUUGUGUCAAACUGACACUUAGCCAAGUCCAAUAAGUACCACCUUAUUCAAACUCAACCCCUUGAUCUGCCCACUGAAAACUUAGUGUGCCACUGAGGUCAAGACCUCUCGACAGUAUACUAUUGUAGCAGAAGUGCUUCCGUGAAGUCUCAUUUCGCAUAAAAAAAUAACUAUGCCUGUGACCUGAAUGCCAGCCUUAGCUCAGUGGGCAAACACUGAUUAGGGUCAUCUGCAUGUCAGGGAAGGGAGCGAAACUGGUUCAAUACAAAAGUGUAAAAUAGCCGACUGAAGUUUUUCAUAUGGCCCUGGAUUCGUUUAUAUGAAACAGGAAAAUGUCUACAAAAAAAAUUACAUGGAAAGUGAAUAUCUAAUCAAAUACAAUUUGACGCAGUAGCAUCGUGAAUUGAAUGCACGAUAUUGUAUGGUCACAGAGUUGUCUGUGACUUCAUGAGCAGCAGGGAGAAAACAGCAAAGGAAAACGCUAACCUUUAUCGGGGAAGAAGAUCUGAGAAAACACACACCACUGCAGCCAAGAGUGUUACGGAAUUCAUCUUUCCGUGGCUGCCCGUUGGAAAAGAAUGCCAUUAUAACUUUCAGCAAACAUUUUUUUCCUCAAACGUGAUUUUUUGUUUUACAUGGGAGGAGAAUGACUGUCCCAGCUGAGGACCCGUAAAAAUUUACUGGUGAUCAUUUUGUUGUUAGCUAACUAUUUAGCAUGCCAGCGUCGUUGCCUUGUAAACUAGCAUUGCCCACUUGCUAAAUUUUGUUUGGAAUAAUUAAAUCAGUUGCGAUUCUAUUUUAUCACACAUCAAGCUAGUUAGUUAUGUUCUGAGCUUUUCGCAUUGUGGUUCUCGUUAACAUUUUAAGCCACUUUUAAUUCAGUUAACUAUUCUGGCGCAAGUAAAUAACGCUAUCUAAAAUUAACCCAUACUUUUUUUGCCUGUUAUUUGCAUAACUAGUGUUAUCAAAUUAUAGUAAUUUAGUUAUUUUCUUUACCGAUGCCAUACGAGUUUGUUUUACACACUUGAAGUAUCUAGCUAACUGGCUACUUAGCGAGCUAAUUUGGUAAUUAGCUACACUAGCUAGCGCGACCUGGUGUUCUGUGAACGAUGCACACUGGUCCUGGCGCUGCCUUUUCCAGUCUGCGAAAACAAUACUCUUGUUUUGAUAAGACCCUUUGAACCACCGCAAGUGUGAUUUAUUAGCGUAUGACUAGCUAGAGAGGUGUUCGGACAUUUUGUUUGGUCUUUAUUUAUUUUGCAUUAUUUUGAAUGCAUAUUUUAUUCGCCGGACACAACGCUUUUCUUCUUGUUUUAGCGUGAGGCGCUGUCUGCCAGCUCCAUAGUUAGUGGAUGUGUCCGUUGCUUUUUUCCCUCUGUAUGUUUCUUAGGGUUAGCUAGCUUGCCAGUUGCUUAGUUAGCAGCAUUUAUUCGCUAGCUUACCGUGGUUAUUGACAUCGGCGAG